GAUCACUCGGGGACCCUUUCUGGGAGUGAGGGGAAAUGGGGAGAGUUUUGCUUCGGUGGGAAUAGAUGGUAGACAGGUCGCCUGGGUUUCCUUCUCCUACUGAGUGAUAGGGCCCUCUCCUGUCCGUGCUACGAUUUUUCCUCCUUCAAAGGAGGAAGUCCCUCCGCGGCCGGAGAGGUUUGCAGCCUCGGCCCUGCCCGCGCCUGUUCCCGCGGCCGCCGGCGGGUGCCCGCUGCCAUGGCGACGCUGCUGCGCUCGGCCGUGCGCCCUCUCCGCGCGCUCGGCUGCCCCCGGGGACCGGCUGCAGAUGUGCCGCUCCGAGGCGUGCGCCAUGGCGCCGGCCUGCUCUACCCCGGGCACAUCCCCACCUCCCCGCUGCAGAAGGCGCUGCUGGCCGCCGGCUCGGCGGGAAUGGCUCUCUAUAACCCGUACCGCCACGACAUGGUCGCAGUUCUAGGGGAGACCACAGGACACUGUGCCCUGAAGGUCCUCAGGGACCAGAUGAGGAAGGAUCCAGAGGGUGCUGAGAUCCUGCGGGAGCGUCCCCGGAUCUCACUGUCCACCCUUGACCUAGACAAGCUCCGUAGUCUGCCUGAGGGCUCCCUUGGCCAAGAGUAUCUCCGUUUCCUGGAUGUUAAUAGGGUCUCCCCAGAUACCCGAGCACCCACCCGAUUCGUGGACGACGAGGAGCUGGCCUAUGUGAUCCAGCGGUACCGGGAGAUCCAUGACAUGCUCCACACCCUGCUGGGGAUGCCCACCAACAUCCUGGGGGAGAUCGUGGUGAAGUGGUUUGAGGCUGUCCAGACCGGCCUGCCCAUGUGCAUCCUGGGUGCCCUCUUUGGACCGAUCCGACUCAGUGCCCAGAGCCUGCGAGUGCUGGUGUCAGAGCUCAUCCCAUGGGCGGUUCAGAAUGGGCGCAGAGCCCCGUGUGUCCUCAACCUGUACUACGAGCGUCGCUGGGAGCAGCCCCUGAGGGCUCUACGGGAGGAGCUGGGCAUCACAGACCCCCCCAGUGUGCAUGUCAGGGGCCUGGCCUAGGCCCUGAGCUGCCGCCCACACUCCCACCUUCCCUAGGGGCAGAGGACUGUUUGGCCAUUACCUUUGUUCUUUUCCUUUGAACACUGACCCUUGGACAUCUUUUCUCAUAAUUUGUCAUAACCACUGAUGAGUGGCUUCGAGGACCACCCAGGAGGGAGGAGGCAGAGCAGCAGGGCUCCCAGGAGAGCCAGGAGCUGCCCAAAGAGCACCAGGUGUGAGCGAGAAUCCGUCAUCCAGCCUGGUGCUGGGGUGUCUCAGGUCCACUGCUCCUAUUCUGGACCCGUCCUUGCCAAUGAGGGUUUUCUGGGCGCCAGGCUGGGUAUCCUCCAGGAGGAAGGGCUCUACCAGUUCCAAAGACCUGAGAAGGGCAGGUCUCCACUGUCUGAAUAAAGUCUGCCAUCAGA